ACUGAUUGCAUCAGGCAAGUCAUUCGUAUUUAGUGCUUUGACUUGUGCGAGUUACUUUGUGAUCUAUCCAGACGCUAUUUUUCUUCGAUUUUUCAUUUUUGAAAACUUGUGAAUAUCUCCAAAAUGUCUGCUAUUGAUUACGGUUAUUUUAUUAACGCGAUAUCGGCCAGAAGACGGCCUGCUUUAACAAGGGAAAUUACUAAACGGCAAUACAACGGACCCAAAGACCAAAUUUCUCUAGCUGAAGGCGUUCCAAACGAGAUAACUUUCCCGUUUGAAUCCAUUGCUGUUACCCUGAAGGAUGGUUCCAAAUUUGAUAUCAAAGGACAAGAAUUGGCUUCGGCUCUUCAAUACAUCCCGACUCAAGGUUAUCCUCCUCUUCUUAAAUGUGUUAAGGAGUUCACUCAGAAGAUCCAUAACCCUCCGGGUUGGGAUAAGUAUGAAAUGAUUAUUACCAACGGGUCUCAAGAUGGGAUGUCUCGAACCCUGGAGAUGAUUUUGGAGGAAAAUGAUAGCAUGUUGGUGCAGAAUCCUUAUUAUGCUGGUACUGAAGCUAUUGUCAAACCAUUAAACGUCAAUGUAAUUGGAAUCGAUCAAGACGAAUUUGGCAUCAUACCGCAAAAAUUAGUAGAUGCCCUAGAAAACUGUAAAAAAUACACAGAGGAAGGUGGAGGGAGAAUGCCUAAAGUCAUGUAUUUAAACCCAACAGCGUCUAACCCAUCUGGAAGAACAAUUCCAACAGAUCGGAAAAGGGAAAUCUACCAAAUCUGCUGCAAGUACAAUAUAAUAAUCCUCGAAGACGAUGCAUACUAUUUUCUACAUUUUCUUGAUGAACAACCUGUCUCUUUUUUGAGUCUGGAUACCGAGGGACGCGUUAUCAGAUUGGAUUCCAUGUCAAAAGUAUUAAGUUCUGGAUUACGACUGGGCUGGCUGAUUGGACCGAAAAAGCUUGUGGAAAAUAUUGAAAUACAUAUAUCUAGUUGCAUUAUACAUUCCAGCGUUCUAUCUCAGGUUAUUCUUGAGAAUCUAUUCAGAAAAUGGGGAAUAAACGGCCUUCUCUCAUAUUUCGAAAAAGUAGCAGCCUUCUACAGAGUCCGUCGCGAUUUCACCAUCGCCUGCAUGGAGAAACACUUAAAAGGACUCUGCGAAUGGGAGGUACCAACCGGAGGAAUGUUCAUAUGGUUCAAAGUCCUCGGCGUUUCAGAUGUUUACGAUAUGCUAUUGACCCGAGGUCUAAAGAAGCACAUCACCUUCAUUCCCGGACAAAAUUACAUGGCUGAUCCGGCUGCUGCUUGCAACUACAUCAGGGCUUCGUACAGCAAAGCCACCUUGAAGCAAAUUGAGAAGGCUAUGCAGACUUUGGCGAAAUUAAUAAGGGAAGAACACUUGUUAUUGCGCAGAAAGUUGGAUAGUUUGGAAGAAGAUUUGAUAAUAACAUAAUCUUUACUUAAUUGUACCACAAGAAGUAAAUAUUAUAAAUUUGAUGGAACGGGACUUCAUCAAAUAAAUCAAACGAAUCUUCGUUUUGGUUCGGGUAAAUUGCAUCAAUGUACAGUUGAGAUAAAUAUCUAGAAUUCAUGGGUGUAAUAUCAAUAAUACAUAAGCUCAGCUUCACGAUAAAUUUUUUGAUAAUUUGUUGUUCAUAACUAGUUUUGAAGCAUCUUUAAGUUGUUAAACCCACUGAUUCAUGAUGUUUACUUUUAAUUCAAAUGUAAUAAGCAGAAUCAAUGAUAAACAGGGUUAGAUUCGAUAGAUUCUUCUUCUUUUUUACAUGCGAAAAAGAUAAUAAAAGUAGCAAUAAAAAAGGAUGUGAGAAAUUGCUGUUUUUGAGUCUCAUGAGCCUGUAUAAAUUUACACUAAAUAGGAUUUUUUAUUUAGUUUUUUUAUACAUUUAUUAUUUUUUAGUCUUAUUUGAUUAUAUGUAUUGAUUUCAUCGAUACAAUUUAUGUUAAUUCAUCUAUAAUUAUAAGAAUGUAAAUAAACGUGUUUAGAAAUGAGCGGUGAGAUAUUUAAUAAAUAAAUAAAUAAAUAAUAUGCUUUAUUUGGGAUUUUUAUUUAAAUCCUUGUAUAGAAACC